UGGGUUUCUUGUGCUCUCAUGCAUAUGUAUGGUCUUCUCCUGCUAUCAACGAAACCAAGCCAUCACCACCACGUCUCCUUACUGCGAAAACCGCCAUGGAAGGAAGUUCUGCAAGCCAGGCCAAGGCCUUGUUCAAAGCCACUCUUCUUGGCCUGGCCAUCCUAUCCAUGGUGACAUGGGUGCCACACAUGUAUUCCUGCAUUAAGAUGUUCUUGGUUUCGGUCCCUUCCGCGGCUUCCACCCUCGCGACACCGAGGUGCCUGUUCAUCUUCUCCAACAUCAUCGUCAUCUUCCUCGCCAGCGAGUUAAAACUCUCCGAGGGGGAGAGCUUCGGCGAGUCUCCGAUCCCGACCAAUCAUGGCUCUGAUGAUUCCAUCAGAUAUAGGGUUGAAGCUUUCACUCUAACUACCAAGUCAAACGAUGUGAUUGUUAACCAUGUUGUUGAAGAGCAAGUUAGCACGGUAAUUGUACAUGAUGACAGCCUGCAACAGCUAGAUCAAUGUGAACAAGUGGAUGCUUCAUCAACCAUGUCCAUGGACAAGGAAUCGAGACGAGACAACAACAAUAAUAACUUAGCAAUUGGUGCUAAUGUUGGCAAUAAUGGAGAAAGUGAGGAAGUGGAAGAACAGGGAGGAGCAAUAUCACUAGGCAAGGUAAUCGAGGAGGAAAUGAUUGAGGAGGAAGAUGUUGGGUUGCCAACUGAUGAGCUGAAUCGUAGAGUGGAGGACUUCAUUGCAAGGUUCAACAUGGAGAGGCAGCUUGAGGCAAGGAUGCUUGUCUGCUGCUACUAAAUAUAUGUUUUGAGGCAAAGGAUCCAUUUACAGACCAUGCUCAUGAAAUAGAAUUAGAGCAAGUGUAAGGAAAUUUGAUGUGCUGCCUCUAAGAUUGUUAAUUAAAUAGGAUUAUGUGAUGAGUUUGAGAAGAGAAGUGAUGAAAAAGAGAGAAGAUGAGGCAUCUCCCGUGCAAGAGGUAGCCUCUAUAUGUACACUAUAACAAAUAUGAUAGCACUAAUUAGGGGUUUGUUUAUUAGAGGUAACAUGUUGUAUAUCUUGUCUAUUAGUUUAUGUGUAUAUGAAAUAGAUAAAAUUAGAGGGAAUAUAUAGUCACCUCUAUUAUCAAACUUGCUUUUAU